AUGAUAUCCUGUCAGGAAUACGAUGUUGCGGUGCUAGCUGUUGAGGAUCUUGAAGAAUAUGACUCCGUUACGCAUCUCAAAACCUGUGAGGACACAGGUUCUCGGCUACUCGCUCGCAUACCGGCUGCUUGUUCGACGUUCGUUCGGACCCGUGGACAGAGGCUACGGCGGUUGAGUUGCGGCCCCUCGACUCCUAGGAUCUGCUCCAACGUUGACGAACAGGACUCCUUCGUUUGGGGUGCACGGACGGCUGCUGCACACGGCUCAUUCUCGGCAAGUGAACGACAGCAGGCGGGAACUGCUCAUUCACCGACUGUGAAGGCUGAUGGUGAAGGACUAAUGGCUGCUGAACGACGAGUCGCCGGCUACCGGACGGUGGGCCUGCCGCUGUUCGGAUAUUCACCUGGGGUGGACGAACCACGGCUGUCGCUGCUCUUCCCAACGGGGUCUCAGACUGCUUGCUGCGUCACCGGCGAGGAUUUGAAGGGGUGGGACGAAGCUGCUCGUACCGGCGGCUGA